AUGUUGAGUGCCGCUGAAAAGGGCCUCCUUGCUCUUGGGCUCUCAUUCAUUCCUAAUCCAGUGCCUCUCACGGCCAAAAAGAUUAUGGAAUGCUUAGAUGACUUUCAACGCUCAGUCCGUCUUCGUCAUUCGUUUAAGGACAGCAACAGUCUUAUACCAGAGUUUCGGGUUCCCAACCCAAACUUUGAUCCUCCCCCUGCUUCCUGGCACAUGGAGUCACGAGUUCCAGUUUCCAUUGCUGAUUUGGGUGGAACGGAGAUUGACCUCAGAUUUUCAAGCACUGAAGAAGGGAAUAUCGCUAUAGUUGUUGCUCCAGUGAAGCGAUUUUCAGACACAAUUGCUGAUAAUGCGACGAUUGAAGAGAUCGGCGCGCCUGACAAGGUGAUCUAUGCAUUUGGGCCGGAAAUCACAGGCAAAAACGUUGAAGGGGCUGUCAAAGAUAUGGAGGUGAAGAAAUACGAAGGAAGAACUUACUAUCAAUACGAAGUUGAGCCGCACAUACUCAUCACUGCGACUGCUGCUGGGAACAGGCUUUACCUCAUGUCCGUCAAUGCAAAUGGACUGCAGUGGCGAAAACAUGCGCCGGUACUUCGAAGGAUUCAAGACUCGUUUCGAGUGGGCUGAGAACCAAUCGAAUGCUGAAUUUUAUGUAUCACAGAAUCAGAGGAUUUCUUCG